AUGCAAGAUAUUUCUGAUGAUAGUAUAGGUUAGUAUUAUGUCAAAUUAUGUAAAUAAAAAGUACCAAUUACGUUUCUGUAAUUUAUAUAUAUAAUUAUUUAAAUAAGUAUUUUUCUCAUGUCAGACAUGAAGAUGUUACCAAUGAACGAAGUGCUCAAACCAAUAAGUUGGUUAAAAGGAAUAUGGAGAACUAAAGAUCCUGGGAUUGGUAAAUUUUCAACAAUCGAGACUUUCAAAUAUUGUGAAGAAAUGUCUUUUUCUUCUAUUGGUCAACCAAUGUUCAAUUACUCUGCGAGAAGUUGGAGGGCUGAUGAAAAAACACCAUUGCAUUAUGAAGUUGGAUUUUUGAAAAUAAUACCAGACACAAAUAAAAUUUAUAUGUUAUUGUCUCAUAAUUUUGGUGUGACAACAAUAGAAGAAGGAGUAUUUAAGGAUAAAGUCAUUAAAUUGAAAAGUACUCAAAUAGCAAGGCCAAUAGAAGGAACAAAACGACCUAUAGUACUUGAAAGUAGGAGUAGGGACAACACCUGCGUGUUUACUUGCUGUAGCAUCCCCAAUUCUACCAUUGUACGACGUCAAAUACGACAGUUGUCUGUAGUGCCGAACCAAAGAAAGAACGUUGCAAUUAUCUUUGCUAUGAUCGUUCAAAAUAAAAUGAGUUUAUAUCACAUUAUAAUACGUAAGACAUCUUUUCAAGUAUUGUUCAAUGAAUUGACUGAUCACUUGUUUUAGUUAUUCAUCGAGUAAUUGAAAUAGUUUUACAAAGUAUAUUUCCCAAAAUAAAUAUUUGCUAUUUUUACAAAUGUAAUAUUUAUUUAUUAUAUAUAUUAUAUAUGAUAUUUAUAUAUCAUAUAGCAUUUAUUGGCUUUACGAAGCGUCAUGCUUUUGGUAAACAUUGUUUAAAAAAAUAUUUGUUCUAUUAAAAUUUUUCGUAGUAUGCGCCAAGUAUCGAAUUCGUCGAUACAAUCGAUAA